UCUUCGCUGGUCUCAGGUCUUCGUAUUGAUGGUGAAAUAAUAAGCGGACUGUAGUUUGGUGCUGGUUUUAAUCCAAAUUGUGAAAAGACAAAGAAAAGUGGUACAGUGAAUGUCGUUGGAGGCGGAAUAACCAAAAUAAAUGCCUUAACCUAAACGAAGAAAGGAUCGAAAACCAGGGUGGUUUUCGAACGUUUCGUAACAUGCUCCCGGCCUCAAGGGUGAGCAAUUUGAUUGUUGACAGGCAGAGGGCAGAUGUUGUUGAAGGCCCUGCGGAUGACUCCUCUCUUUGUUUUUAUAUCCGCCACCCGUGCGAUGCCAUCACUGCCAGGAAUAACUCGGACGACUCGACCAAGUUGCCAGAGAAGGGGAGGCAGAGUUCUGUCUUUGACAACAACCAGAGCACCUUCCUGAAGCUCUCCCGUGGAUUCGUGCCAUUUUGUCUUCUGUUGAAGCCAAAGGACAUACUCAGUGGAGAAGCGAUGCCAAAACUGCUGCUUGAGUAGCUCGACGCGUUUCCAGCGCUGGAGCGAUGAAAUCUUGGUUGCCGUGAUCUGUGGAUGCGGUACGAACUGUGUGGAUCGCCCUAUUAGGAAGUGGGAAGGAGUUAAGGGACAAAGGUCAUUUGGGUCAUCUGACAUUGGAGUCAGUGGCCUUGAAUUUAAAAUUGCCUCAAUUUGGAUUAAAAGUGUAGACAUUUCCUCAUACGUCAUGUGUGUCUGGUCAAGCACACGACGGAGAUGAUGCUUAACAGAUUUUAUGGCAGAUUCCCAUAACCCGCCGAAAUGUGCUGCAUAAGCCGGUAUGAAUGAAAAUUUAAUACCUUCACCGACAUCUGAUGACGACGAUGCAUUAAGAACCUUUGUGAAUUCAUUACAAGCACCUUGAAAAUUUGUGCCAUUAUCAGAAAAUAUUGUCUGCGGCUUACCACGCCGAGCAAUAAACCUGCGCAAGGCUGCAAUGUACGCUUCCGUUGUCAUAUCGGAAACAAGUUCGAGAUGCACCGCUUUGGUUGCAAGGCACACAAAUGCACAAAUAUACGCCUUUACAAGCACACUACCUCUGCCUUUCCGGUUGGAUAUCAUGACUGGACCAGCAUAGUCGACACCGGUCUCAAGGAAUGGAUAUUCUAAUUCAACACGCUCUCUCGGUAAGUUACCCAUGAUGGGUUGUAUGGUUUUUCCAUUGAAACGGGUACAUUUGACGCACUUAUAAACUGUACUUUUCGCCAGGUCCCUGCCACGAAUAGCCCAAUACUUAUGCCUGACGGUAGCAAGGAGCAGCUGAGGCCCUGCAUGCAAAAAUGUGAGAUGAAAAAACCUGAAUAUCAGCCUGCAAAGAUGAUGCUUCGAACUGAGCAACACUGGAUGCUUAAGGUUGUAAUCAUAACUAGAGUUGCUCAGUCUUCCCCCCACACGAAUGAGCUUGUCAUCACCGAGAAACGGAGACAGAGAUCGCAGAUUGCACUUUCGAGUCGGCUGAUUGACAACAAGAGAACGCUCUACCAUCUCGGGGAGAUCCCCGUCGGAUCUCUUAUUUGGAUUACCUGGCCACUGCGUCUGAUCUGACUGAAUAAAUUGUGGACCCGACCACCACAGAGAAGUUUGGCCUAACUGAUCAGCGCUGAGACCACGAGAAACCAAGUCUGCUGGAUUCUCCUUCGACGGCACAUAACGCCACUGACAGCCAGCUGUACGUUCCUGAAUCUCGCUUACCCUGUGACGCACGAACGUCUUUAGAUUCAGAGGAUUUGCAGCAAUCCACCCUAAUGCAAUUGUGGAAUCUGACCAAAACACGCAGUGAUCUAUGGCUAAGGUGAGUGAUGAAGACACCUUUGUAUAAAGCUUCGCGCCAAGCAAAGCUCCACUCAACUCCAAACGCGGUAUUGUAGUCUGAGGUUUAAUCGGAGCUACUUUACUCUUGGAUGCCAAGAGACGGACACUAACAGCCCCGUCAUUGCCUACACUACGUACAUAAACGCAUGCACCAUAUGCUUUCUCACUGGCGUCUGUGAAUACAUGAAGUGAGACUUCGGUUGGAUUCGGUAACUUAAUACACCUCGGGAUCAACAAAUUGUUCAAGUAUGGCAAUGUAUGUGCAAAAUGGACCCACGCAUCUUUAAUUGAUUGAGGAAUUUCACCAUCCCAUGAACACUUGCUAAUCCAGAGCUGCUGCAUAAUUAUUUUCGCUUCUACUAUACAUGGAGCGACUAGGCCAAGUGGAUCGAAUACCUGUGAAAUCGUCGAUAAAAUUGACCUUUUAUUAAUUUUACUCUGUGUAUCGACGUUAAUGGCAAAUGUCAGGCUGUCUUGAAAACAUGACCAAUUUAAACCAAGAGUCUUGGAUGACUCUUCAUUGCUCAAAUCUACAGUGUCUGAACCACUGACAUCUUGAUUAACUGCAAGUAAAAUAUCUUUAUUAUUGGAAUGCCACUUACGCAAAUUAAAUCUUGCUGACUCUAACUCUUGUGUUACAUUAUGACAUAACUGAAUAGUUUCCUCAACCGUGUCUCUGCCUGAUAAAAAAUCAUCAACAUAAAAGUCGUGACAAAUUGCAUGCUUGACAUUAAUGUCAUUUGAAUCAUACCCUAACUGAGUGAGACAUCUGGUUGCAAGAUAAGGUGCACUAGCUGUGCCAUAUGUCACUGUAUUUAAUGUGUAUAUUGCUAUUGGCUGCGACGGAUGCGACCGCCACAGUAUCUUCUGCAGAGACCGCUGUGAAUCCUGUAUUAAUAUCUGUCGAUACAUUUUCUCGACAUCAGCGGUCACUACAUAGUUAUGCUGACGAAAACGCAUGAGUAUUGACUGCAAAUCGUCUUGUAUAGUUGGCCCAACCCUUUGA